AUUGCGCUCUAAUUCUUUUAUCCUCCAGCAGUUUCUCAUCCGUUUGAAUAUAUUUGAGAGGGAUCCUGUUCUGUCUGUCCGGAGACUGACCCAAAAAACAUUGCCAGGAUUUUGGCAAACUAGUCUGAUGGAUCUUAAGGACAGCGCCAGCGAGGGCAGCAUGGAGAGCAUGGAGCCCUCCAGUAUCCAGAUUUUUGCCAACACCUCUACCCUCCAUGGGAUUCGGCACAUAUUUGUUUAUGGGCCAGUGACCAUAAGGCGUUUGCUGUGGACCAUAGCCUUUGUGGGCUCACUGGGUUUCCUCUUGCUGGAGAGCUCAGAUCGGGUGGCUUUCUACUUCUCUUACGAGCAUGUCACCAAAGUGGAUGAAGUAGUGGCCAAAAGUCUGGUUUUCCCUGCGGUCACCAUCUGUAACCUAAAUGAGUUUCGUUUCUCCAGACUCACAACUAAUGACUUGUACCAUGCUGGGGAGCUCCUGGCUUUGCUUGAUGUUAAUCUUCAGAUUCCUAAUCCCCACCUGGCAGAUCCAGCUGUCCUGGCAGUUUUACAGGAAAAGACCAACUUUAAGAAAUAUGAUCCAAAAAAUUUCAACAUGCAGGAGUUCUUUGCACGUGUGGGGCAUGAUCUGAAGGAUAUGAUGCUGUACUGCAAGUUCAGAGGUCAGGAGUGUACUCAUAAGGACUUCAAAACUGUCCAUCUAGAGCACCUUUUGCUCCAGGCGAGAACAGCCACACACCCCCUCAACAAAUGCUAGCACCAAUAGGCAAACCAUCUCUUCACUUCCUUCUGAAGGUUCAGCUGUCCUGAAGCUUGAGGUCCAUAAGUGAGGUCCUGACACCCAAUGAGGAGACGAAAAACAGAGAGUGUCUGCUGCAGCUUGAUGGGAGUAACAGAGUAACAUCACCACAGCUACAUUCUGUGGCCAUGCAGGGCGGAGAAGCAUUCAGCCAGCUACCUGCUGCCUACCAAGGGCUUAAACCCAUCCAUCUACAAAGGGCAUGUUAGUAUGGGUGGCUCUGUUGUGGGCAGGCCACAGAAUAAACCUUCCUCUGCACUCUCAUCACCUUUGAGAAAAUGUGUUUAGUCUCCUGACUACUCCCCAAGAAGACAACAUUGGGUGGAAGCAUGUCAGAGAGGAGAGGACUUAGAAGAGACUGGCAUUGUGAGGAGAAGAGAAGACUUCAUAUGGCCAUGUUCAACAGGAUGACAUAUCAUUUUGGACAAGCGGACUCAGCAGGAUAAGAACAAAGAGCUCAUUAGGAAUGAUUUCUUUGUUCAUGUGCUCUGAGGGCUGACCACAGGUGCUGAAUUAGGAUUUCAGCUUGUCUUUUUUGUGUGUGUGUGUUUUCCCCUCCUGCUUCAUGAAAACAGACCUUUCAGGAUGAUGCAAAGCUAAGAGCAAGACCUUUUAUACUAGCUUCGUGGAGUGAUGGACACUGUGCAUGAGGGAAAGAAUGAAACUUCUACUUGAGUCCUCUCCAAGGGGGUGAACAGCUGAUGAACAAAUAUGCUUUUUCGACCUGAUGCUGCCAAACAAGAGCAGGUGCCUAGAUUACAGUAAUUAAAAUAUGCCUGU